CAAACACCUUCAAAGCCAUCUCUCAAAACGAAAGCAGUCUGCCAUGCGGUGGUGACGAGCUCGACAGGAGGGUUUAUUUUACUUUAAAUACUAUCUGGAGGGAAAGCUUCUUUACUAUUCAUGAUGUCAGCCAUAGACACAGUAAGACGUAAUAAAACACUUCUUCAGUCAAUGUUGUGCGGAGAUCACAGACUAAUCCUCACCAAGGUUCAUGAGAAGGAUCUGAUCACUGAACGUGAUUACAACAACCUGAAGGACAUCAACAAAGAAGAUGUGGAGGGCCAUGUUAUAAAGCUGGUGGAUAAGAUCAUGAAUAAAGGAGAGGAGACAUGCCAAACCUUCCUUCACCUGCUGCAAACUGACGAAGACAUCAAAACCGCUUACCCUGAGCUGAAGAACAUACAGCUGAACGUCACCGGCCCGUUACCUCUGCCUAUCCAAGCUACUUCAAGUAAUGACAGAGACAUGAUGCCACCAGAGAGCAAGACGCCAAAGCAGGACGAUCAAUAUCAGCUGAACAGCCAACCGAACGGCCUCUGUGUCAUAAUUAACAAUGAGAAUCAGAAGAAGGCUGCAGUGAAGAAAGUAGCAGUCAAGAAGUCCCUGAAGAAGGCAGCAGCCCAGAAAACCCCAGUGAAGAAGGCAGUCAAAAAGCCAACAGCCAAGAAAACCCAGGUGAAGAAGGCAGUCAAAAAGCCAGCUGCUAAGAGAUCCAAGAAGGCUGCCCCUAUAAAGGUGGUGAAGAAGACUCCAGUGAAAAAGGCUCCAGCUAAGAAAGCACCAGCAAAGAAGACUGCAGCCAAGAAGGCCAAGAAGUAGAUGUGCACACCAGGAUUCAAUGCAUCAAAGGCUCUUUAAGAGCCACCACAACUUCUACUAAAGAGUCCGUCCUCAGUAAUACAGUUAUUCUCCGUUUUUUUAUAAUUAUGUAAUACAUAUUUAUAAGCAUCAAAUCGGGCUUUCAAACGUUUUGCUCGUGCGCAAAAUCCGACCCGACGGUGUAAGGUUCAUCCAAAGAGCAGCUCGUCCACAUAAAAGAGUGCUUAACAAACCUGAAAGUCUCCACACAUGCAGACUAUCAGGUACAUGUUGCACACAAAGGAACUUCCAAGCGUGCAUGGGUUUUUACUUUGUUCUCUGAAAUACAGAAACACGAGCACAUCAAUUCAGCGCAUAUUACCGGGCAUCUGGGUCGACUGAAUUACGCAUGGCAUCAAAGACUUUUUAGGUUCUUUUAAGGUUCAAGUAGCCUUGAUUGCCCGGUCAUGUCGAUUUGCCCUGUACAACAUCAGGAAGAUUAGACCUUACCUGUCAGAACAUGCUACACAGCUCCUGGUACAGGCUCUUGUGAUAUCACGCAUCGAUUAUUGCAACUCUCUACUGGCAGGUCUUCCUACAUGCACUAUCAAACCUCUGCAAAUGAUACAAAAUGCAGCAGCACGACUGGUCUUCAACCUUCCUAAAAGAGCACAUGUCACUCUGCUGUUCAUAACCUUACACUGGCUCCCAGUUACUGCUCGCAUCAAAUUUAAAACUCUGCUGCUCGCUUACAAAACAGCGACUAAAACGGCUCCUCCUUACUUUAACUCUCUCAUCCAGGUCUACACUCCCUCCCGCCCACUACGCUCUGCCAAUGAAAGGCGUCUGAUCCAACCUUCACAACAGGGUACUAAGUCUCUGACUAGACUCUUCUCCUCUGUCGCCCCCCUGUGGUGGAAUGAACUUCCAAACUCCAUUGGAUCUGCAGAGUCCCUCUGCACCUUUAAGAAAAAGCUAAAGACCCAGCUCUUUCAUGAAUACCUACUAACUUAAUGAUGAUGGUCUCGAUAUCAUUGAUGAUGAUGAUGGUUGUCACGAUUGUUUUUGUUUGAUAACGAUGACUUAUAAGAUGGUUUCUAUACUGAUUAGAGCUCUCAGGAACUGCCGUCAAUGUUGUGCUUUGCCUCUGGUCACUUCCUGUCAGCACCUGUGUGUCCAAUCAGACUCAAAGCUGAUCGUUUGCUCUUACUGACAUUGUUCCCCUUUUUCUAGAUCCUUGCGUGUGUUGUACUUACUCUCUGAUGUACGUCACUUUGGAUAAAAGAGUCUGCUAAGUGAAUUGUAGAAUUGUAGAAUUGUAGAAAGACCCCUAAGCUGCCCCAAAAGUGCCCCAAAAGUGCCUGUGUGAGACUUACUCAUCUUUAACAACGAAUAAAAACUUACUAAAAUAUUA